CUCUUCUCGCCAUUGCAGUUGGAGUCAGCCGCCCGGCGCGCACCGCGUGGCUUUAGGGGGGAGACCCCGGUGGGCUGUGGCAGGAGGGAGGCGACGGCGGCUGCGAACGGGGAAGGGGACGCCGACAAGGUCUUCCUAACUUGCCUGAGCUGGCUCAAAUUUGCCAAUCUUCCUGCCUCAGCCCCCGAAGUGAUGGGGGAUUACAGAUAGUUGAAGUAUUGAUAACACCAAGGAAAUCUGUGACAAUUUGAAAAGAUAAGCAAAAGUUUGAUUUGCAGACACUACAGAAAAAGAAAUAAAAAUGGCAUUGUAUCAUCAUCACUUCAUCACAAGAAGAAGAAGGCGUCCAAUGCGAAUUUUUGUGAAUGAUGAUCGCCACGUGAUGGCAAAGCAUUCUUCAGUUUAUCCAACACAAGAGGAACUGGAGGCAGUGCAGAACAUGGUGUCCCACACUGAGCGAGCCCUCAAAGCUGUGUCUGAUUGGAUUGAUGAGCAGGAGAAGGGCAGUGGCGAGCAUGCUGAGUCUGACAACAUGGACGUGCCCCCAGACGAUGAGAGCAAAGAAGGGUCAGGGGAACAGAAGGCAGAACAUAUGACCAGGACUCUGCGGGGUGUGAUGAGGGUUGGCCUUGUGGCAAAAGGCCUUCUCCUGAAGGGAGACUUGGAUCUGGAGCUGGUGCUGCUAUGUAAGGAGAAGCCCACAACUGCCCUCUUGGACAAGGUGGCUGACAACUUGGCCAUCCAGCUCGCUGCUGUAACAGAAGACAAGUACGAAAUACUCCAAUCUGUGGAUGAUGCUGCAAUUGUGAUAAAAAAUACAAAAGAACCUCCAUUGUCCCUGACCAUCCACCUGACAUCCCCUGUUGUCAGAGAAGAAAUGGAAAAAGUAUUAGCUGGAGAAACGCUAUCAGUCAACGAUCCCCCGGAUGUUCUGGACAGGCAGAAAUGCCUUGCUGCCUUGGCGUCCCUCCGACACGCCAAAUGGUUCCAGGCAAGAGCCAAUGGGCUGAAGUCAUGUGUCAUUGUCAUCCGAGUUCUGAGGGAUCUGUGUACUCGUGUACCCACCUGGGGCCCCCUCAGAGGAUGGCCCCUGGAGCUCCUGUGUGAGAAGUCCAUUGGAACAGCCAAUCGGCCCAUGGGUGCCGGCGAGGCCCUGAGGAGAGUGCUGGAGUGCUUGGCGUCCGGCAUCGUGAUGCCAGAUGGUUCUGGCAUUUAUGACCCUUGUGAAAAAGAAGCCACUGAUGCUAUUGGGCAUCUAGACAGACAGCAACGGGAAGAUAUCACACAGAGUGCGCAGCAUGCACUACGACUUGCUGCGUUUGGCCAGCUUCAUAAAGUACUCGGAAUGGACCCCUUGCCUUCCAAGAUGCCCAAGAAACCAAAGAAUGAGAAUCCAGUGGAUUACACCGUUCAAAUCCCCCCCAGCACUACUUAUGCCAUUACACCCAUGAAACGCCCAAUGGAAGAGGAUGGUGAGGAAAAAUCUCCCAGCAAGAAGAAGAAGAAGAUUCAAAAGAAAGAGGAGAAGGCUGAGCCUCCCCAAGCUAUGAAUGCUCUGAUGCGGCUGAACCAGCUGAAGCCAGGGCUGCAGUACAAGCUGGUUUCCCAGACGGGCCCUGUCCAUGCCCCUAUCUUCACUAUGUCUGUGGAGGUGGAUGGAAGUUCAUUUGAGGCUUCUGGGCCAUCCAAAAAGACUGCCAAGCUGCACGUGGCUGUUAAGGUGUUACAGGACAUGGGCCUGCCAACUGGCGCUGAAGGCAGGGACUCCAGCAAGGGGGAGGAUUCUGCUGAGGAGACAGAUGCGAAGCCAGCAGUGGCGGCCCCGCCUCCCAUAGUGGAAGCUGUUUCAGCGCCCAGUGCUGCCUUUCCCUCAGAUGCAACUGCCGAGAACGUAAAACAGCAGGGGCCGAUCCUAACUAAGCAUGGCAAGAACCCAGUUAUGGAGCUUAAUGAGAAGAGGCGCGGCCUCAAGUAUGAGCUCAUCUCUGAGACUGGGGGCAGCCACGACAAGCGAUUUGUCAUGGAGGUCGAGGUGGAUGGACAGAAGUUUCAAGGUGCUGGUUCAAACAAAAAGGUGGCAAAGGCGUAUGCUGCCCUUGCUGCACUGGAAAAGCUUUUCCCUGAUGCUCCCCUUGCCCUCGAAGCCAACAAAAAAAAGAGAGCCCCAGUCCCUGUCAGAGGGGGACCUAAAUUUGCUGCCAAGCCACACAACCCUGGCUUUGGCAUGGGAGGCCCCAUGCACAAUGAAGUGCCUCCACCUCCAAACCUCCGAGGACGGGGAAGAGGAGGCAACAUUCGUGGACGAGGGCGAGGGAGAGGAUUUGGUGGCGCCAAUCAUGGAGGCUACAUGAAUGCUGGUGCUGGGUACGGAAGCUAUGGGUACGGAGGCAACUCGGCGACAGCAGGCUACAGUCAGUUCUACAGCAACGGAGGGCAUUCUGGGAAUGCUGGUGGUGGCGGCGGCGGGGGCGGUGGUGGCUCCUCCGGCUACGGCUCCUAUUACCAAGGGGACAACUACAACUCACCAGUACCCCCAAAACAUGCUGGGAAGAAACCGCCACAUGGGGGCCAGCAGAAGCCCUCCUACAGCUCGGGCUACCAGUCCCACCAAGGCCAGCAGCAGUCCUACAACCAGAGCCAGUACAGCAACUACGGGCCCCCUCAGGGCAAACAGAAAGGCUAUAACCAUGGACAAGGCAACUACUCCUCCUACUCCAACUCCUACAACUCUCCCGGAGGCGGGGGUGGGUCAGACUACAACUACGAGAGCAAAUUCAACUACAGUGGUAGCGGAGGCCGAAGCGGCGGGAACAGCUAUGGCUCAGGCGGGUCGUCCUACAACCCAGGGUCACACGGGGGCUACGGUGGAGGCUCUGGGGGCGGCGGCUCAUAUCAAGGCAAACAAGGAGGCUACUCAUCACAGUCGAACUACAAUUCCCCAGGGUCUGGCCAGAACUACAGCGGCCCUCCCGGCUCCUACCAGUCCUCACAGGGUGGCUAUGGCAGAAACGCAGACCACAGCAUGAACUACCAGUACAGAUAAAGGCCCUGGGGCUGCCCGUUUGUACCUUCUGCAUUUACGCCGUUGGAAGAUUCAGUUUUACGUAUCACAGUUACCAUGUCAGCCGGUCCUCCAGGCGCCCCCACCCGUCCACGUUGCUGUGUUGUGAGGUGCAGCGGUUCCUCCUGGGACCUGUGCUGUGACCCAUAUUUAGCCGUGUUUGGGACUCCGUGUCUUCAAUGGUUUGUUAGUUGCCAUUACAACCUUGUCUGGGUAGAGUUUUGCGUUCUUGCCGUUCAGUAUCCCUCUGUCUAUUUACACUUGGUGUUAGUGUUGACUCAGUUUGUCUUUAAAUAGUUACAGAAGGGAUACGUCAUCUGUUAAUGCUUUUGUGAAGUGAGUUAAAUGAGCUUUCUGUAUUUUAAUGCUUUAGUGUUUCAGUUUUAUAAGUGAAGAUUUUAUUUUAAAAAAACAAUGGGAAAGAGUGGGGUUUUUGUAUGUCUGGCUCAUUCAGGCACUACAUCUGAAUUCAGCUGACUGUAGACAAUAAAGAAAAAGAAAACUGUGCCUGUCUCAGGCCUGGGUGUCUGACCCUCCAGCAGGGCAAUGGGCAGGUUCCUCCACUCUGUUCCCGCUAUUGGGAAGCAGGCUGGGGAUGGCAGGACAGUGCCUGGUCAGCAUAGAGGGUCCAACUCCAGGCCUCCAGACAUUACUCAGUGCUUGGCAGGGGCCACCAACCUGUGUACCUGAGAUCUUGUCAACCCAGUGGGCUCCACAGUUCUAAAUCCUGGUGGUGUGCAGUGACCCUCAAGGUUGGAUCAAAAAAUGGAAGCAUAUUCUUUGCUACUCCAUAAAUUCCGGUGGUUAUAAGUGCAAUUUUACAUCAUUAUGGGAUAAAAUGUCCCUGUAGAGUUCACAUGUACAUGUACCCCACUUGAAAAAGGGCAGCUGUGACUUAUCUAAUGUAAACCAACCCAGCUGCAGGUGAGCUGUGCCCUGGGAAAAUCUGGUGUCUGCUGUGGCCUUGCCCCAAGGUGCUCUGCCACAGGGAGAUUCACAUGGAGAGUUUGCUCUUUUUAAUUGUCCAGAUUUACUCUAGCAGACUUCCCUGGAGCGGUUAUUGUCACUCUCAAGGGAGAUUGUGCAACGUUUGAGGGACACUUAUCAUACCUGGAAAGAAUGCUCCUGGCAUCUUGUGGGUAGAUGCCAAGGAUGCUUGUGAACAGCCUGUACCAUAUGGAAUAGUGAGUGCCCCACUGCAAAGAACUGUAUUUCAAAAGUGUCAGCACUGGAAGUGGAGAAACCCAUCCUAAGGUUGCCCUGCCCAUGGGAGUGGGGUGGUGGGGGCUAUAGGGCUGCACUCCAGUUGAAUUUACCCAGGCUCCAAUUCAGUGUGUUUGGGAAGAGCCUAUUAUGCACCUGUCAACAGUGUUCCUCGGCCUUCCAGCUUCCUCGUUAUCUGGGAGCCGCCUCUCCAGCUUCUGAGACCUGGUGCUAUUGGCUGGCUGAGCUUCAGGUGUGCCCCUUGGCCUCCCGUGUGUGAGUAACUGGCCACUGGGAAUCCCUCAGCUGACACAGCAAAUCAACUAUACUUUGAAGGGGUGAAGGUUGGCUUUCUGGAAAGAAAGGUAUCCUGUAUCAAACGAGAAAAUAUUGGUACAAUUCUGCUUUAUGCUAGUGUAGAGGAUGCCCCAUAUACAGUGUGAAUCCAGCCCAGGAAGAGGCAGGAAGGAGGAGGUGACUACACAAAGUGAAGCCAAGAGGUGACCCACAAUUGGAGCUUUCAAGUUACCCUUAAAUGUCCCAGGAUCCCACCAACGCACACAGUAGUGGAGAGACACAAUGCUGUGUCCAUGAUCUGCCUCUCCCAGUCCCAUCCAGGGGCUGGGACAAGAAGACACUCAACGGCGCUUUGAGCAGAGAACAUGGGAGUGGAGGUUGUCUGCAUUGCUCAGAAACCCACGGGGAGGGACUUAUCCCGGCCUUACCUGCCAGGCCCCACUAAACCAGUCAAGCACCUAUAUCCUCAACACAAGGGUUUUCUUUCCAGUUGAUUCUCAGUCAGCAACAACCACCAUGUUGAAGUUUCUGAAUACAGACCUAUGGAGGGAAGGAAUCAUACCCACCCACACCCCAGAAAUUGCAGCAAACCUAUCCCAAAGACAAUCGGAGAGCACAGUGCCCUUGGAAUCCUGAUUCCAUUGGGAGGAACUCACUGAUGAUGAGGGUGACACAUUUGACCAGUGGCAGUAUCCCAGCCCUCAGGAUCUGUCAAACUAGAAACUGGCUUCAGGAAGACAAAGCUGUUAAGUUGAGCACACAGAAGUCCUGGGGCUGGUGUGUCCUAUCUGGAGCUGAGUGAGCCAUCCAGCUGGUGAUCCUGCAAUUCCAGGAAGCUGAUCUGGGGAAGUUCUUCUUGGGUCCAGCAUAAUAUAGGCAAGAAUUAGCGUAAGAUGGAGAGACUUCUUGUGCAACAUGGUUCGGGUGAUUGAUGUACAACAUUUUGAAUCACCAGCAGAGGUCACCAAGAGAUCAAGUAGGUUUCCUACUGCUCUUCGUGGAUUUGAUCAGGAUGGGGUACUUGGUGUGAGCUGGUGUCAGGGAUGGGGCACCCAGUGCACACUACCCCAGUCGGCUCUGCUCUAGAUGCUGCUGGGGGAAAGGAAAAGGAUCAUAUGAAGACAGGAGUGGCCGACUGAAAUGACAUUUUGGGGAAUGGCAGGGCCUUAGGGAAUUUGGACUGGUCCUUGGGUUCUGGAAAAGUAUUGGGAAUUGAUGAUUAGAAAUGAAGGGGGAUAUCAGCCUCAAUGAAGGACCCAGCAUUUCCACUUCCCUGGUUAAGCAGUGCCACCAGGACUGUUUUUUUUUUUCUAUUUGGGGGCUACCACUUGGCUGCCUGAUCUCCCUCUACUCUGGCAGGAAGGUAUACUUCUUGAAUGUUGACCAUUCUUGUGCAAUUCAUAAGGCUCAUCUUACCCUGAAGCUUUGUGUGUACCUGGUCACUGCAGCUGGGGUGUUUGUCUGCAUUUCAGUCUUGGUGUUAGCUCCACACUGGCCGUGCACUUUACAUGCCUGAGACUUCUGGAAAAAAUUUUGGGCAACAACCUUAUCGGAGGCUCAGAUUCUCACUAAUCCAUCCCAGAAUAAAGAGAGACUUCAUGUGUUUGUUGCUUCA